CGCAUGCGCAGUGCGUCGUUUUUUUUCCUCCUACAAAGUUAGCGGGAGAACCUUCUAUUCAACCGGAAGAAAGUCGCUCCAUUAUGGCCGGUUCCUCUCCACUCCCCGAGCUGCAGCAGAACAGCACUGAAGACGUGUUGGAGCUGAACAAGGACUUGGAGAGAAUUAUAGAAGCCGUAGAAAAUCUCUCAGUGCAGCUGACGUGGAUGGGCUAUGACAUGGUGGCCCUGCGGACCAGUCCCGAGCUGGGGACCUCGAUGCAGAGACUGGAAGAAGCUUAUGAUGGAUGCCGCUCUAGUAUCUGUGGAUAAACUAAUCAGAUCUGAUUAAGUCUGUUUAAGUUCACAAGACUGUUUCUGUUGUUUAUUCAUUCAGUAAUGCAUAGACUGAUUGUUAGUUGGUGUUAAC